AUGGGGGACUGGUCCAUUCUUGGUCGUUUCCUAACAGAGGUUCAGAAUCAUUCUACUGUUAUUGGCAAGAUUUGGCUGACAAUGCUGCUCAUUUUCCGCAUCAUGCUUGUGGCCCUUGUGGGGGAUGCUGUCUACAGCGAUGAGCAGUCCAAGUUCACCUGUAACACUCUACAGCCUGGGUGCAAUAAUGUCUGCUAUGAUACAUUUGCUCCUGUCUCUCACUUGCGCUUUUGGGUCUUCCAGAUUGUUCUUGUCUCCACACCUUCUAUUUUCUACAUUGUCUAUGUGCUGCAAAAAAUUACCAAGAAGGAAAGAGUACAGGUCAGGAAGGCUGAUGUGGCACAGAGGCCAUCACCUUUGCUUGAAAGACACAGACAUUUAGGAAUGGAUAAAGAAACAGUUCUGGAAGCAGGUGAUCCAUAUGAUACUACUUUUACCAGUGAGGACUGGAGCUCACAGGAAGGGGAGUAUGAGGAGAGGAGCCAACUGGAAGGGGAAAUGAGAGAGGUAGAAGAAGACCCAACCCAACUCUCAAGUCAAGUGCUGCUUAUCUAUAUCGUACAUGUUCUGCUGCGUUCCAUCAUGGAGAUCAUCUUCCUCAUUGGACAAUAUUACCUUUUUGGAUUUGAGGUCCCACACCUGUUUCGGUGUGAAACCUACCCAUGUCCCAAUAGAACUGACUGUUUUGUGUCUCGAGCAACAGAGAAGACCAUCUUUCUAAACUUCAUGUUCAGUGUCAGUCUUGGUUGUUUCAUCUUAAACAUUGUGGAGCUGCACUAUCUAGGCUGGAUUUACAUUUUCAGAGUGCUGUUCUCAGCAUGCUGCACAUGCUGUGACACAAACAGGGAAUCCGUUCAGCAGGUGGAAUUAUAUUCCUACAGCAACCCACUGUUGCUUGAGCUCAAACACUCUUUACGUGGAAGAGUUGUCCUGCAGACCACUGCAGCCAUGUCCCGUGAUAGGAGCAACUGUGUCCCAAACCAGACUCCAGCCAUCUCCUUUGAGACAGACUCAACUUUGGAGUGCACUUCGAAGAGAAAUUCAGAUGACAAAGAAAGCAACAAGACCAGACUGCACAACUUGGCCAAAGCAGGAAGAGGCAAAAAGUCUUGGCUGUAA